AUGCAAAAAAAAGAAAAGAAGAAGAAGAAGAAGGGGAAGAAACGAAAGAAGCAAAUAACCCCGGCGACCCAUAUAUUCUAUCAAAAACAUGAGAGAAGGGGGAAGGGGGAAAAGACGGGCAGGGCAGGCAGGCAGGCGGGCAGGCAGGCAGUGCAAACAACAGAAGAGGGAGCAAGGACGGAAAGGAAAUAG